CUUCAGUACAGCUUCAUAGCUUGCAAGAUGAAGUGCUUUAUGAUUAUCGGAUUUCUGGUUCUGGGAGCUGUUAUAGGGGAGGCUCGUCAUGUGCGGCGAUCAGCUGAACCCGUUCCUGGAGCCAAUCCAGAAGCCAUUGCUGUAGCCAAUGCUGAUGCUGUAGCCAGUCCAGAUGCUGAUGCGGAUGCUGAGCCUGGCUACGGGUAUGGUGGCUAUGGAGGCUACGGUCAUGGCUAUGGCUAUGGAGGUUAUGGAGGCUAUGGAGGUUAUGGAGGUUACGGUCUAGGACAUGGCUAUGGAGGCUAUGGACAUCAUUUCGGAAAGAGGUCCGCAGAUGCCGGCUAUGGCUAUGGAGGCUACGGUCUAGGAUAUGGAGGCUAUGGAUAUGGUCACGGAUAUGGAUACGGCCAUGGAUACGGUCAUGGAUAUGGAUACGGAUAUUACGGAUAAAUAAACAAUCUGUAUGAUUGAUGGUCAAUGAAGAUGAUGCCCAAUGUUUUAGUAUUUACUAUUUAUGUUUAGCUAUGUAAUGUUUUAGAAAUAAAAUGCAACUUUGGUAUA